AUGGAUUCCAGGCCCAAGAGAGGAGAUGGACACUUCUUGUUUAAGGCAACCAAACCCCAUUUUUUCAAGAUAAUUCUUGAUGAUACCAUCUCUAGUAUGAAGCUUGGCAUUCCAAGAAAGUUUGUCAGGAGAUAUGGAAGUGAUCUGUCAAGUCCUGCAGUCCAGAAGGUCCUUAGUGGUGAACAAUGGAAGACUAUCCAUUCAGCAUCACCAAUGGAGAUAACGGGGAGCCUAAUGUUGAACAAGAAUUCCCAGAGCCAGAGAUUGGAGAAUGAAAAUGAUGUCUCAAUAUUGGGCCACUCCUUUCCAUCACCAAAAACAAAAGAUAAAUCACCAUUGCAAUUCCCUCAGCCUCAUAAGAAGAUGAAAGUAGAGAAUCCCACAGAAAACACAAACGCACAGUUGCCCACUGGAAAAUUUGAAGGCCUGUCCAAUGAGAAGAAAACCUUGGAUGGAGCUGUGGCGAGGAGAAGGCCAUUGACAGCUGAGGAGAAAGCUAAUGCACUUCACAGAGCAAGCACAAAUUUCAAAUCUGGAAAUCCUUACUUCAUGGUUGCAAUGCCGCCAUUAUUUCUUCAUAGCUUGAAUAUACCAUCAAGCGUUGCCAGGGAAUAUUUCAACAAAAGUGGGGCUGUCACCCUCAAUACAGUGGAUGGGAAAACUUGGCCUGUACUGUAG